UUCUCGUGCACUUCCUGCAAUUUUCAGUCUUGUUCUCGUGCCCACGUGGAAACGAAUGCUUCAAUGAGGCUGAAGAUAUUGUAUCUCUUUCAUGUAAUAGUCGCUUCAGCUGGAGGACAGUUGUCAUCGAAACAACAGCAAGAACAAUGCACUUUGCAGACAUUUCACCAGUGUUUAACGUCUCUACAAAGCGUGACUCAGGCCAGUGAUCUAAACCUCAUCGCAUCGAAAGACGAGCUGGAUGCUGCGUGUCGAGAACUGGAGAAAUCCGUUCGAUGCGUGGAUGACCACAAAAAACGCUGUUUCAGCGACACUCAACGGCGAGUUUUUAAUCAAGUUGUUGCGGGGGCCCGUCAAUUCAUUAAAGAACUGUGUGUUUCAAGUGAAGUUCAAAAAGAAUACUUACGCCACGCUCUCUGUUUUCGAAACAUCUCAGUGGCAGAGGACAAAUGUGCACCAACAUCUCGCCACACGUUGUGGCUGUCAGAAAACGUGAAAGAAAACGAAAACGUUGAAGAGAGUUUACGGAAAACCUGUUGUGCCUUUACAGAGUUCGUCCGGUGUAGGUACGCCUACGUCUCAGCUGACUGCGGUCAUGAGGCAGGGACUUUCUUCAAACGUCAUCUUGAAAGGAUAUCUGGUCCUCUAAUUCACGAGCAUUGCGCCGCCUACACGUUUGACAUGGAAGCUUGCAUGCCUGGAGGAUUCGCUAGUUUACUAAAAACAAAUCCCUUAAUACUUCUGUUACCGUUGGUGAUGCUGGCACGGACCUAACAGAAAACUCUUCUUGGACGACCAGUCAUCGCGAACCUUAUUCAAAUCGUUUACACUCGUAUCACUGAGGAGAGCUAUGCAUCACCUAUAUUAUAAAACAUGUUAUUCAAGUUAUAUUUAUAGUGAUUAAUAAUGCAUUACUUCUUUAAUCAUUACAGUAUAUACUAGAGAUUAGGUCAUUAUGAAUUUCGUGUGAAAAAAAAAAAAAGAAGGUAAGUAACCAAACAUUUACAUCUGAGUUUCACUGUCGUGAUUUUUUCUUAAAGUGUGAAUAUUUUGCCAAACAUUUUACAACUUGUAACGUUCAUUUUCAUUAAAUGCACAUAUAAGGUGAUAAAAGAAGUCAACAAUA